AUGACUACAGGAACCCACACCAUGAACUAUGUAAACGAACGACUGAUGUGGAUAGAUUUGACAGUGUCUAGCAAGAAAAUUAGGAUUGUGUCAGUAUAUUCGCAUUGUGAAGGGACAGAUCAAGAUAAGAUGGAUAGUUUUUAUGAGGCACUCAGUGAUGUAGUUGUUAGAGUAAAGGACAAGGACAGUGUUCUGCUCAUGGGUGAUUUUAAUGCCAGGACUGGAAAUCGAACAGAAGGGUAUGAAAAGGUUAUGGGUAAAUUUGGAGAGGAUAUGGAGGCCAACAGGAAUGGGAAACAACUCUUGGAUUUCUGUGCCAGUAUGGGCUUAGUAAUCACAAACUCCUUUUUUAAACAUAAGAACAUUCACCAGUAUACUUGGGAAGGCAGGGGAACCAGAUCUGUCAUUGACUAUAUAAUAACAGAUCAGGAAUUCAGGAAGGCUGUGAGGGACACACGUGUAUUCAGGGGAUUCUUUGAUGACACUGAUCAUUAUUUAAUCUGCAGUGAAAUUGGGAUUGUGAGGCCGAAAGUGCAGAAGAAUGGGAACACUUUGAUAAUAAAGAAUAAAGAUAAACCUUAUCAUUUAGUAGCAAUGAAUAGUUCCCUGGAAGACAGUCUUUGA